AUGCUUCGACGACUCGCGCGAUGCGCGACCGCGCGAUCGACGCUCGAGCGAACGUACGCGACGGCGAGCGCGAAGGGGGCGAGCGGGGGGGACGUGAAGGCGCCUUUGCAACAAUUCGGGACGAGCGGACGGUACGCCACGGCGUUGUACGUCGCGGCGACGAAGGCUGGGUCUUUGGCCGCGGUUGAGAGUGAAGUGGCGCAGCUCACGGCUUUGGUCGAGAAAGAUCUCAAGUUUAAGCAGUUUCUGAUGGAUCCGUCGAUGGCGAAGAGCAAGAAGUUGGCGGGCGUCAAGGAAUUUUGCGCGGGCGCGAAGUUUACGCCGAUCACGAGCAACUUCGUCGCCACGAUGGCGGAGUACGGACGGCUGAAGGAGUUGCACAAGAUUUCGCUUCGCUUCGAAGAGCAAUGCAUGGCUUCCCGUAACGAGGUGAAGUGCGUCAUCACGACGGCGCAGGCGCUCACCCCGGCGCAGCUCACCAAGGUUACGGAAUCCAUCAAGGGCCACGCCCCAUCGGGCUCGACGCUGAAGAUCGAGGCCGUGGUUGACCCUCGAUUGAUCGGUGGUUUGACGGCGAGCAUCGGCGAAAAGUUCUUCGAUCUCUCGUUGAUGACGACGGUUAAGAAGUAUGAGGCAGUCAUCGCCGCGCCACUCUAG